AUGGGCAUUUCGAAGGAGGACCACAUACUCAUCGUCGGUGCCGGAGCCUUCGGCCUGUCAACCGCUCUCCACCUCACACAGAAUGGCUACACCAACAUCACAGUGCUCGAGCAGGAUGACGAGGUGCCGUCGAGAUAUUCGGCCGCCAAUGAUCUGAACAAAAUCAUGCGAGCUGAGUAUGAGGACCCGUGGUAUACUGACCUCACCAUGGAAGCUGCAGCGGCCUGGAAAACACCUCUCUUUGCUCCCUACUACCACAGAGUCGGGUUCCUGCAUUGCGCCUCGGGCAAGGCGGAGAAGAGGGCAGUCGACACGCUGAACCGUUUCCGCGCGGCCGCGGAGAGGCACCCGAAACUUUCCCGUUUCGUCGUGCCUCUCGACUCGCAGGCCGACAUUCAGGACCAGGCAUGGCAGCUCGUGGGGCCGCUGCCCGGGUGGAAGGGCUAUCUGAACCGGUACGACGGUUACACGCACUCGGCGGACGCACUACGGGCGGUGCACCGGGCCACGCAGGCGAAGGGCGUACGCUUCGUGCUGGGGCGCACCACGGGCGCGGCGCAGGAGAUCUUGUACGACGGGCAGGGACGUGCCACCGGCGUGCGGACCAGGGACGGCCGGGUGCACGCCGCCGCGCUGGUGAUCGUGGCCGCCGGCGCUGUGGCGUCUAGGCUGGUGCCGGGCGCGGGGGGCUUCGUGCACGCCAAGUCGUGGGCCGUCGCGCACAUCCAGCUGACGCCCGAGGAGUCGGCGGCCCUGCGCGGCAUCCCCGUCGUCUACGCGCGCGACCUGGGCUUCUUCUUCGAGCCGGAUCCUGCCACCAACCUGCUCAAGCUCUGCCCCAUGGGCGCCGGCAUCGUCAACACUGACCGCGCCACCGGCGUGUCGCUACCGCCAGCGGCGCGCGAAGCCAGCUUGGGCUUCCUGCCCGCCGGGGACGUUGUCAAGCUGCGCGAGCUGCUGCGCCAGACCCUGCCUGCGCUGGCCGAUCGGCCGUUUGUCCAGACAUCACUGUGCUGGUUCGCCGACACCGCGGACUCGGACUUUGUCGUCGACUACGUGCCCGGCUCGUCGCGCUCCGUUGUCCUGCUCUCUGGCGACUCGGGCCAUGGCUUCAAGAUGUUCCCCAUAGUCGGCAAGUGGAUUACAGAGCUUCUGGCGUCGCCUGGCGGUCAGACCAAUGCUCGAUGGCGGUGGAAGGAGACGCCUAAGGCCGGGCAGGACUGGGGAAGCGCUGUGAGCUGGCGGGUGGGGACGACAACCGAGUAUGCGGACAUCAAGAGGGCAGGCAAAGAGAGUAGGCUGUGA